AUGUCGCAUCAAGCGCAGCGAGAUCUACCAGACUUUUUACAAAAUUCACCUUAUCUACCAGUCAUAAAUUUCGAUAUCGAUGAACCACCGCCUCCUAAAGCAGCCAAACCAAGCAUUGCACAAAUUUUUCGCUCAAGACCCGUACGAACAGCCAUACCCAUCGUCAUCUGUGGACUCAUCAUACUAUUCCUACUUCCUCACGGAACACGCAAGGCUAAAUCAUUGCACCUUCAAUACAAGACUCCAGCAUGUCUGAAACAGGCUCCUAUUCUUGCGGAGUCCUUGACGGGCAAAGAAGUUGGAAUUGAGUGGGAUAAAUACGCAUAUAUAACUUAUGCGACAUCAAAAGAUCAUUUGUGCAAUGCGUUGAUGUUGUUUGAGUCGUUGAAUCAUUUGGGUAGCAAAGCUGGCAGGGUGCUGUUGUACCCGCAGUUGUGGAAAAAUGAAUGGGUGGAGGAUGCCAAUGGAAGGGGCAUGGAGGCUAUUACUAAAAUGUUAAUUCAGGCGAGAGACGACUAUAAAGUGAAACUGGUAAACGUGGAGGUUUUGCAGCAUAGACAUUAUACAGCUGAUGAAUGGGCGGAGAGUUACACCAAACUUUUGGCCUUCAACCAAACUUCCUACGAGAAACUUCUCGUUCUUGAUUCUGACUCCACUGUUCUGAAACCUAUGGACGAAUUGUUCCUAGCCCCAAUGUCAGAUUCGACACAACUCCUCGCACCACGGGCAUACUGGCUUGACGCUCAAGGUAUCCCGCAACUAUCAUCUCACAUCAUGCUGAUUAAGCCUUCAGCCAUCGAGUUUGAACGGCUUGAGAUUGAGAUCCAAAAUGCUGGAGUAGGAACUUACGACAUGGACAUCAUAAACUCCGUCUUUACCCAACAAAAAGACUCGUGCGGUUUACUGGAUCACCAAAUAUAUGCUCUUCUCACCGGAGAAUUCCGUCGCCCUGUUACCAAACAUAAAGGCUUUUGGGGAAAAGGGCACGAGACAGAUAUAUGGGAUCCAGAACGAGUAUUCAAAAAAUCAAAAUUCGUGCAUUUUAGUGAUUGGCCAAUGAAGAAACCAUGGCAAUUACAGGAUAUGGAAUGGGUGGGAAAGGGGCCUAAAUGUGUGCCAGUGACGGAAGGAGAUGAUUGUAGAGGGAGAGAUAUCUGGGACGGCUUGUAUAAGGACUUUAGGGAGAGGAGAGUGGCAAUUUGCGGAUUGGAUUGA